AUGAACUGGCUGUUCCCGCUCGCCAAGGGCGGCGCCGCCGCCGCCUCCGCCGCGCCGCCCGCGCGCACCGGCCUCCAGCAGCAGCGGCAGCGCCAGGUCGAGUCCCUGCGCGCCGCGCACGCCUCGAUUGCAGAAAUACAGAAAGAUGUGGAAUAUCGACUGCCAUUCACUGUAAACAACUUGACAAUUAAUAUUAACAUUUUGCUUCCACCUCAAUUUCCUCAGGAAAAACCAGUCAUCAGUGUUUUCCCACCUGUGAGACAUCAUUUAAUGGACAAGCAGGGAGUAUAUGUGACCGGUCCAUUAAUAAGUAAUUUUACAAUGCAUUCAGAUCUUGGAAAAAUUAUUCAGAGUUUACUGGAUGAGUUUUGGAAGAAUCCUCCAGUUCUAGCUCCUAGCUCAACAUCAUUUCCAUACCUUUUCAACAAACCAGCUGGAAUGCCUCCUUUUGCUCCUCAGGGGUUUCCAUUUCUCCCUCCAUAUCCAUCUCAAGAAACAAACAGAACAAUGGCACCCAUGCCCAUUUCUGAAUCUGUUUCUUCAAGCUACACUACAGACAAGCCUGCUGCUCCCUCCUAUGGUUUGAUUGCUGAUCUGCCCCUGCCUGUUCCGACAGCGGAAGCGGUGCUUCAGGUUGGCCAAAAUGGAUUUACAUACAAGAUGCCUGAUGUUCCUGAUACGUUUCCAGAACUCUCAGAACUAAGUAUAGCACAGCUGACCAGUAUGAAUGAGCAAGAGGAAGUCUUGCUGGAACAGUUUGUGACUCUUCCACAGCUGAAGCAAGUCAUUACUGAUAGAGAUGAAUUAGUGAAAAGCAUUGAAGAGCUGGCAAAAAAAAACUUGUUGCUGGAGCCUAGUCUUGAGGCAAAAAGGCAGACAGUGUUAGAUAAAUAUGAGCAACUCACGCAAAUGAAGGCAGCCUUUGAAAAAAAGAUGCAAAGACAGCAUGAACUUAGUGAGAGUUGCAGUCCAAGUGCUCUGCAGGCCAGACUUAAAGUAGCUGCUCAUGAAGCUGAAGAGGAGUCUGAUACUAUUGCAGAAGACUUUUUGGAAGGCAAAACAGAGAUAGAUGACUUUCUUAGUAGUUUCAUGGAAAAGAGAACGCUCUGCCACUGCAGACGAGCCAAAGAGGAAAAACUUCAACAGGCAAUAGCAAUGCACAGCCAAUUUCAUGCUCCGCUAUAGACUUCCAGCAAGCUACACCUGCCAAGAGAACGAAUGAAAACCCCAAUAAAGCACACUUUUUAAUAACUAUUAUUUGCAAAUAAGCAUUUCAUCUUAUCUGGUUGUAUUUAUAGAAGAGAUUGUAUAAAGAGUUGGGAUGGUUUUUGUACAAAUUAGAAUGUCUCUUUAUAUUCUCAUUGUACUCAAGAAUCCUUCUAUUGCAAUCUUUGCAUUAAUUUCUUGUAUUUAUUGUUGAUAGUUACAAUAUUUAAGUUCCCUGCUGCUAUACUCCAUUGUUCAGAGAUUAAAUAUCUAAACAUGUAAUUUUGACUAGCUUUUUACAUUUUUAUAAAAACAUAAUUCAUAUCUUUUGUAUUUUAAAUUUUAACCAUAGAUUUGGCUUAAUCUGUGGAAGACUUCAAGUGUUGAUAGGAUUUAGGAAACUAAAAAAGUUCUUAAUGGAGAUUGCCAGUGGAUUCACAAGCUGUCUUUUCUUGAAGCCAAAAUAUUAAAGAAGAAGUUUUUUACUUCUAAGUAAUAAUAGAAAACUAAGUAUAACUUGUAUUGUGUUUUGGAUAAGUAGAUUGGGGAUUAAGCAAAGGAUGUGUUGAAAAAAUUAUAUUGGAAUCAAAAUAGAAUAAAUGAUAUCGGCAUAGAUUUGGUAUGUUGCAUAGUAGCACUGAUGCACUGAUUUCAAGAGUGGUUUGGUACCUACCACUAAUUAAACACAAUUUUCAUCUAACAAUUUCAUUUUCUUUUUUUUUUCAUAAAGGAAUAAUAAGCAAGUCACCUUCCUGUUUCUGUUUUAUGCAAUAUAAAUAUGUUCAUCAUUUGAGGAACUCAGAAACACUUUACAAAAACUAGUUCUGCAGUUCUUUGGAAAAUAGUUAUUUUUCAUAAUUUUAAGAAACAAUUUUGGAGUUGCAUAGUGUCAUAUGGUAUGGCAAGUGAUCGAAUUUGAAAGUGGAACUCAAUUCUGUGCUUUAAUCGUUGCCUCUGGUAAGCUGACAGUCUUGGGAUGGGGGUAUAUCUGGUGAGAAUGGAUAGGACCAAAUGCUGUGUUCUAUAGGAGAAAAAUACAGAUCCUAAAUACAAGCAUGUAUUUUCUCUCUUGCUUUUGGGAGAAGACAGGUUCUUUUUCUUAACCUUCUCAAUGCAUUAGGUUUUCAUGGAGACAGUCAAAGAGGGAGGAGGAGUAGAAGGAAUGGUACAGUUUUGAGAGUUGUAAAUAGGAUAAAGUGCUGAUUAAGUAAUGUAUCAGAAAUCCCUGCUUCUUUCUUGUCAGGAAGCAGUCUGGAGAUAAACCUCUUAGCCAAGAUUCUACCUGUGUGUUACCUGGAUAGGAUUACAGAACAUGGCAGGUUCAAAUCUCAGGCUACAGUCCAAGCAAGUUCUUUUUUAUAUCACUGAUCUUCAGUCCUAAACUUGAUAUUCUUCAAGUAAAAUGUGAUAUUUCUUUUGAAUGGAGAAAAGUGAGUAAGGAAAGUCAUGUAAGUGCAAGAAGUCUAUUCCACAGGCUAGUGGAACAGCCCUACCAUUCAUUACACUUGUGUGAUUGUCCUAAGCUGUUGCUUCUCAGGGUGAGUAAACUAUUCACUGGCAUUUUACAGGACUUAUUUUAAAGCUGAUCCAAAUUCUGAUAUUAGAUGUCCCAAGAAAAUAGAUCUGUGGUCCAAAUAAAAGAUACUUCAGUGUCUGAAAAAGAAUCAGCACUUUCUAAGUGGAAUGCUUAAGCAAUAAUUUUAGAGUAUCUUAUUCAAAAAAAUGUGCUGCUUGUAUAUUUGACAUAGCACUCCUGCUAAUGUGCUAACUAAAGCCUUAGAUUAUGUAAACAUCCAAGCGGUUCUGAACUUGUGUCUAUGAGUAGUCUGAUUUCUGCAGCUCUGGAGAAGAGUUAAAUGUAAGUCAUCACUGUAACCUUCUUGGCAAAAGGUUAUUUUUGUGCUGAGUUGUUGCUUCUGAUCUCUUUCUGAGGAUCUGAUUAACACACAGGACUACACACAAUUCUGUGCAGAGCUGUUUUUUUGUUGUUGCUUCUUGUGAACAGAGAAAAGGCAUGGAUGAACAGACAUCUUGUUUUGGGCUAUUAUCUUCUUUAUAUAUUUUAUAACAGGAUGGAAGGAGAGGCUUCUGUUCUCAUCUGCCAGGUGUUUUGGUGCUCUGCUCUCACUGAACACUUUAGCCAGGCCACCUUCAGGGGAUUUGCUAGUACAAGUCCUGAACACUUCAGCUUUUCAUUUUAUGUUACUUUAGUGAACAAAUUUUCAAAUUAGGAACUUCUCCAGGCAGUCUUUCUGAUGGUAGUGGAGUAGAAUACAAGAAAAUGUCACUGUUCAAUGCAAGUUCAGUGUUUGUUGUUCAGGGAUUUCAAAGUUAAGUUUUCUUCUUACUUUCUAUUCUCUGAUGUCAUUGUUACUAUUCUUUGGAUUUUUUCCCUUAUUUUUAGCCCCUUCUGUAGUCACAAACCCAUCCUCUAGAAAAGAAGCACAGAAGUCUCUAUUCAAUGAUGAUGUAUACUGGAUUAGCUGUAGAAAUGUUGUCACAUCCAAGAAUGUCCAGCCUGUUUAUGGUCUUUAGGGGCCAACCUGAUGCUGGCUGGGGUGGUUUUCAAGGUUUUUGUUGUUGUUGUUUUGUUUUUCUUUUCUUUUAGUCCUACACUGGUUGUGCCUUCCCUGGUCUACUUUCACCAGAAGACUAGGUAGAACACUGAUAACACUCUAUCAGAGUUAGGGAUUUUUGCUUUUAGCAUGCUGAGAGCUCACCAUUAAACACUUCUUUACCUCAAUUUUUGCCAAAAUAUGGAGUGUAGGUGUAAAUCCAGUUUCCCAUAAAGUGUAAGAGAAUGGCAGUUGCUGUUAGAUGCAUAUUCUAACGGUUUUUGAAAUAUAAAAGAGAACUUAUAAGCAAUCUGGAAUAAAAGGCUAUGUACAAUGACUUGUUUCUUGGGAGCCUUGCACAAUGUCUGCUCAGGUGUUCUCCCAAUGAGAAAGUCAACUAUAUAAGGAGAUGGCUCAGCUCUGAUGUUGCAGUUGGUUGCAGCGGGGAGUGUACAUUCUGUGUUGUAACUGCUAAUCGAGUCUGGGGUUUGCCUAAUUUUAAUUUAUUUUGAUACCUGAUCUUACUGCUAAAUCACAGAAUGGGUCAGGUUAGGAAGGCCCACACUUGGGUCAUUUGGUCAAAUCUCCCUGCUCAAGCAGGGUCAUCCUAGAAUACAUGGGACAGGAUUGUGUCCGGAUGUUUCUUGAGUAUCUCCAGUUUGGGUGACUCCACAGUCUCUCUGGGCAACUGUUCCAGUGCUCAGUCACCCACACAGUAAAGAACUGCCUCAUAAUCAGCUGGAACUUCUGGACAUCAGUUUCUGCCAUUUGCCUCUUGUGAUAUUGUUCUGCACCACAAAGAAAAGCCUGGCUCCGUCCUCUUGACACCCUUCCUUCAGAUCCUUACAGACAUUGACAGGGUCCCCUCUCAGUCUUCACCAGCCUAAACAGGCCCAGCUCCCUCAGGCUAUUCUCUUAAGUGAUGCGAUCCACUUAUCUUUGUUGCCCUCUGCUGGAGUGGUUCCAGGAGCUCCAUGUCUUGUUCUGAGGAACCCAGAACUACUCUUCCCCAGGUUGAAUUUUGUUAAAUUUCCUCUCUGCCCAUCCCUCUACUCCAUUGAGAUCCUUUCCGAAGGGCUGCACAGCACUCUGGGGUAUUGGAUGCUCCUCCCAGCUUUGCUGAGUGAUACUUGCUGAGUGAUACUUGCUGAGGAGGCACCAUGCCAGCCACCACUGCAAACAAGAGACUGAUAAGUCAGUUCUAAGCUGUAUGUACUAUAAUUCUGUUGUUUGUGCUUUACAUACUCUGGCAGCUUUGCCACUUAGGACCUGGACCAAAUGUGGAUGUUAGAAAUCUUACCGUUUUAUACAUGUCCACGUUCUAACUACUCCAUUCAAAUACUAGAAUAAAUUUUUAUAAAAUAGAUAUUUGAGAGACCUUCAGGUAAAACUCUGGCAACAAAGUCAAGUAUCACAGCCUUAAUUAUUCUGAACAGUAAAUACUGCAAUGUGUUAAACUUACAAAUAAAGGCUCUAGGAUUUUAAUAUAUCUUGUAGCCUUAUCACUUACAGAUACAGUUGGGUAUUGCAGGACUUUUUGAGUGGAUACAGAAUUGUUUUGGAAGUGGAUGCAGUACAAUACUCAAGGACAAACUUUUUAUCUUCCUGUGGAGUGGUUUGAGCUUUUCCUGUUCAACCAUUUAAACAGCAGCAAUUCUUGGAGCUACUUUCACUAAAAUAGGCUUUAAAAAUCAGUAUUGCAUCUCUGACAAUAAAAAAUCAGUAUUGCAUCUUCCUUGUUUUGGUCAGAUAUCUGUAGACAUCAAAUUUCUAUGUGUUAAUAAGCUAUAAAGAGAAACUAUAUUUCAAUAGUGAGAGAAUACCUCAGUAGAAAGAACUGUGCUCUUUAGUCUUCAGAAACAGAAUAAAUUUAUCUGAAUAACCUUAGCAAAA